CUCGCCUGUCUUCUGCGGGAAGCGCGGAGAGCGGCCGGCUGUCGGCGGUGCGUGCUGCUCGCGGCCCUGGAAGCCCCGCCGCGCCGGUCGCCGGGGCAGGAGCGGCGCCGGGGCUGCGCCCUCGAGGCAAGGGUGCAGGAUCCGAGCCCCCGCGAGGUAGAAGUCCAUCGUGCCAAUCCAUUGCCUGGUUGCAGCUUGCCUCUUCACUUGGCUUGAGAUCAUAGCCACGAUGCUGAAAAGGAUGACAAGGCUUGUCUCCGGGGCCCAGCAGUUGGACCCUGGACGUUUUUUGCACGGGGAGCCCCAGGCCCCCCAAAGCCUUGCUGCUCACCUGGAUAACCAGGUUCCAGAUGAGAGCCCCAGAGCCACUUCCUGCACCAGUGAGGCUGACCCGGCCCGGCACGGGGAGCAGCACGAGGGCCGGCACUACCGCAUCCCCCUGCAGGACCUCGGGACGGUCUUCCCCCACGGCCUGCCUCCUCGCUUCGGCAUGCAGGUGAGGACAUUCAACGAAGCUUGCCUGAUGGUGAGGAAGCCAGCCCUAGAGCUUCUGCGUUACCUGAAAAACACCAACUUUGCUCACCCAGCCGUGCGGUAUGUUCUCUAUGGGGAGACGGGGACAGGCAAAACCCUCAGUCUUUGCCAUGUUAUUCAUUUCUGUGCAAAACAGGACUGGCUGAUUCUGCACAUUCCAGAUGCUCACCUUUGGGUGAAGAACUGCCGGGGUCUCCUGCAGUCGGCCUACAACAAGCAGCGUUUUGAUCAACCCGUAGAGGCUUCGAGCUGGCUGAAGAACUUCAAAACUGCGAAUGAGCGUUUCUUGAGUCAGAUAAAAGUUCAGGAGAAGUACGUCUGGAAUAAGCGAGAAAGCACUGAGAAAGGCCGUCCUCUGGGAGAAGUGGUUGAACAGGGCCUGACGCGGGUGAAGAAUGCCACAGAUGCCGUCGGGAUCGUUCUCAAAGAGCUCAAGAGUCAGAGUGGUUCGGGUGCAUUCCGCCUCCUGGUGGCGGUGGAUGGCGUCAAUGCUCUCUGGGGAAGGACCACGCUGAAGAGGGAAGAUAAGAGCCCGAUGGCCCCUGAGGAGCUGGCGCUCGUGCGCGGCGUGAGGAAGAUGGUGAGGAACGACUGGCACGGAGGCGCCAUUGUGUUGACGCUGAGCCAGACUGGGUCCCUCUUUAAACCGCGGAAGGCCUAUCUGCCCCAGGAGCUGCUGGGAAAGGAAGGAUUUGAUGCCUUGGAUCCCUUUAUUCCCAUCCUGGUCUCCAACUACAGCCCAGAGGAGUUUGAAAGCUGCAUUCAGUAUUAUUUGGAGAACAGCUGGCUUCAACAUGAGAAAGCUCAGACAGAAGAAGGGAAGAAGGAGCUGCUGUUCCUGAGUAACGCAAACCCCGGGCAGCUGGAGCGGCUCUGCGCCUACCUUUAAGCUGCGGUCAUGGCCUGCCCGGAAGACAGGGGCCAUUUCCUGUCCCGGACCCAGUCAGACGGGACGUGGCCAGGACGAGUCAGCUCCCAGCCUUCGGUGAAGACUGAC